UGCCCAUUUUAGUCGAUGCCUGUCAGCUCGCUGGAAUGCGCGUCUCACGUUGAACAGCCCCCAACUCUCACGGAUUAACAUUUAUAGCUCCUUUAUUUUUGCAACUAGUUUACUUUGUUUAAAAUUCUUUGGCCUUUGUAUAACGUUUUAUUUAGGUCAUACCGUUAGUUUAAAAGGUAAGUUGAAUAGCACUUUAACGUGGCAAUUAUUAUUUCUCAAGAUCGUGGAUAAAGAUUCUUUGAAGAGGAAACUUGCCGCCGAUUAUCGCUCCAGCCUCUCAGCUAUUAGAGAAGUCGUAAUAGCCUAGACGGCUACUUUAUUAAUUCAGCUAACCUAUUCGAUUUUUUCGUUUUUCUGUCAGGAAUUAACAUACAGCCUAGGAUGGCGACGCCCACAGAGGUCACGAAUGUGUUUUACACGACGAUGAUGGCGUCCCUGGACACGAACGUGACCCAUGGCCCGGAAGCAGAGCAAAAUGUCACUUCCUGUGAGGCGUGGGAGGAGGCGCACCACCUGCUCUUCCACCUGGGCAACCUCUUCCUGGCUGUCGGCCUGGUCAUCCCCACCACCCUGGGCCUCCACAUGAUCCUGCUGCGUGUCAUGUUCAUGGCUGGAUGCUCCCUGUUCAUUGCCUGGGCAACACUGUACAGAUGUGCACUGGACAUCAUGAUCUGGAAUGUAGUUUUCCUCGUCAUAAACUUCAUGCACUUCUUCUACCUGUUGUACAAAAGGAGACCGAUUAAAAUUGACAGGGAGCUGAAGUCGAUGUACAAGCGGAUGUUUGAGCCUUUGCACGUGCGGGAGGACAUGUUCCAGCGGCUGACCGGCCAGUUCUGCACUAUACAGACACUGAAGAAGGGACAGCUGUACGCGGUCGAGGACAAGACCUCAGUGGACGAGCGCCUGAGCAUCCUUCUGAAGGGAAAAAUGAAGGUGUCGUAUCGAGGCCAUUUCCUCCACAACAUCUACAGCAAUGCCUUCAUCGACUCUCCCGAAUUCAGGUCCACUCAGAUGAACAGGGGCGAGAAGUUCCAGGUAACCAUCACUGCUGAGGAGAACUGCAAGUUCCUGUGCUGGUCCAGAGAGAGACUGACAUACUUCCUAGAGUCCGAUUCCUUCCUGAACGAAGUCUUCAGAUACCUCAUCGGCAAAGACAUUACCAACAAGCUGUACUCCCUGAACGACCCCACUCUGAGUGACAAGGCAGUGAAGAAGAUGGACCGGCAGCCCAGCCUGUGCUCUCAGCUGUCCAUGAUGCAGAUGAGGAACAGCAUGGCCAGCACCAGCGACACUGAUGACGUCCUCAACCAGUUCCUGCGAGGAAGCUCCACCGGGUCCUCGCUCCAAAAGUCCCCAGCGACAAAGGCAAUGCAGAUGAAGCCCAUUGAGGAAGCCAUAGAAGACGACGUCUUUGAGCCUGUCUCCCUGAGCAAUAACCGCCCCGCACCCAAGAUGUCCACUGAAGACCUGGAAAAGGUCUAAAAAUCACAGGCACCAUCCUGGAGCAUAGGGUUACCUCUAACACAGUCCUGGAAAAAGGGGUACACCCCUACAACCCUUCCAUCCCAUCCUGAACCUGCUAGCCUCCCAGAAAAGCCCACUCCCCAGAUUGGAAAAUAAAAAUGGGUGAGAAGUGCUUUCACACAUAAAGGUACAUUUCUGUUCAGGGGAAAUAUGUGAUAUUCACACUCUGUUGGUUUAUGUUUGCAUUCACCUUUAGUCAAUACUCCCACUCUAAUCCACACUCACAUAUAAAUUCAGUAGAUAUUUAUAUAAUGAUCAAAGCAAUUUAAUGCUGAAUUGAUGUGAAUAACUCUGAUCCUAAUCGGAGCGUGUCAUUGAAAUGGAUGGGGCAUCCCCUGGUUGAUGUUUUUGAUUCUCAUGAACAGGAAACUCAUCAUCACAUUUAGUAAAAAUUUGGUAAAGACAACACAGUAGUUAAUGAAAAAAAAUUGAUAGAACAAUAAAAAGGUGAUAUUGUGGAAAAAAAUGGUUUCACCUUUAAAAUACAUUCUUGCUACUAGGGUUACAGUUAACCCACCUGCUCCUGAUUGCUGGAACUAUUAGUAGCUGCUUUUUCUUAGUGUGUAAGGUAGUUUAUUGCAAUCAUAUGUUACACAUAAUGCUGUAUUCAUAUAUUAUCUUCUAUUAAUCAUAUUAAAGGAAAAAAUCACCCCAUUUAUUGAAAUGUAUAUGUUGUACCUUGUAAUAAUUGUGGUAGUAAUUAUACUAAAUGUAGCUUGAAUUCAUUUUUAUAAAGUUUAAAUAAUUAUGUUCUAUUCUGCAAAUCCGGUCUUUCGACUUGGCAUUGUAGUCCAAUUCCCAACAAAUGUAGUUAGUAUGUACAUAAGUAUGUACUACAGAAAGUUUUAAAAAAUUGUGAAUUUUUCCUUUAAUAUAGCAUUAGUAAUUAGCAUUAUAGCAUCUGUAAUAUGUCAACACCGACACCAGGGUUCUCACUACAACUUGAAUUUUUUAAAAUAUUUUUCUAAAAUAUUUCAACAAAAUUGAAUACAGAAAAUGCAUUUAGGAGGAGCAGACUUCACUGCACAUUUGAAUGGAACUGGUUUGCUGAAAUGAACCAACCUGAUACAUCAACCUUCAUGAUUAGCUAUGUUUCUAUUAGAAUAUCACAGAAAAAUUACAUUGAAGACCAAAAAACAAUCAUAUGUAUCUGUCUAAAGUUUCCAAAUAUCUUUAUUGGGGGAAAGUGGAACUGCAUGAUUUGAACAAGCCCUACAUCUUGCAGCUGCUGAUGACUGAAUUAAUCAGUCUCUGUUUUUUAAUGCAGACAACACACUGGGUAAGUUUUGAAUCAAGUUUACCUUUUUGCAUUAGUCUCAUUUAAUACAGUUAUUUUGCAUUUCACAAACACUUGAAUUAUGCAUAAUAAAAUAAAGAUCAUGGUAAAGUUUACUUCAGUUCAGUCAUAAUUUUCUGUUUCCAUUAGUGCACAUUUAAGUAAGUUUACAGUGUUUGCAAAAUGGAGAGUCACAAAAAUUAUGAAUAAACUUGAAUAAAUUGCACACUACUGGAAGUGUAAUGAAUGAACUGAAUUAGACCCUUUCUACAGAUGACCUGGCCACUGGUGAUCUGCAGUUCUGGUCUUGGUGUCUCACCUUGAAAAUAGUUUUGGUUGCUGUUGGUUUCAAAUGGUUGCGCGCAGUGUAAGACAAGGUAUUUUGUUUCCACUGACUAAUACUUUACUAUUUAUUUGGCAGUUUUCAGACAAAACAACUUACCAAUUCAUACACCAUGUCAGGAACACAUGAGCCUUGACCCCACCAUCAGCUGGGUCAUCUGAUCCAAAGCCCUUGGGCGUGGAGGUCCGGUUUCUCGACUGCAAGGUAGACUGGAGGGUCUAGUCUCUCUGGGUUCUAGCUCCUAGAAAGACCACAUGUGGCAGAAGUAGCCUUUGUCUAUGGAGUUACACAUCAUGCACAUUUUUUAUAUAUUUUUUUAAGUUGAUGUUUGAAUAGUAGCCUACACCUGCUUUCCAUUGGCUUGUUUUAUUUUUUUAUUUGUUGAAUGGUGCCUUUAAACAUGGCAGUUUAAAGGUAAGCUUGUUUUUGAUGCCAGAGAAAGUGUUUUUCUCAAGGAUUUAGACUAUUCACGUUUGGAAUUGCUUUUUCACUAUGGUUGAUUGUUGUUAAAACACUCGUGUGCAUACAGUGAAAGAAAUUUGAAAAUAAAUCGAAUGGAAAU